AUUCAUUCACCAGAGAAAAGAAAGGAAAAAAAUAUUAAUUUUCCUCCAUGCACAUCUAAUCUCCUAAAAAAGCUGCUCUAUCCUCUGACCACCACCACCCAUCUCCUCGCUCCAACCCAAAAGGUCAAAGAAAACCCACUCCCCCCCCCUUCUCUUCAUCUCUGUCUCUUUCAUGGUCUUGAGCCCAUAAAUCAGUUCUAAAACACUCCUUUUUCUCCUAGCAAGCAAGACCCAUCUUCUCUUUGCCAAACCUGUUAAAAAAGAAGAUAAAAAAUUGUUUAAUGUCCUUUUCUUUAACCAUGUCUGUGUGGUUUUCAGAGUUGUAGUGGGUAGAUAGAGGGAUAAGGAGGAUUCUUGGUUUGGGUUGUUUCUAUUGAAGAUGAUAGAUCUGAAAGAAAUGGGAAGCAAAUGGAGGAAAGCAAAACUGGCACUUGGCAUCAACAUGUGCCUUCAUGUUCCUCAAACUCUUGAGCACGAUUCCUCGCCUUCUCCUUCCAGAUUCUCCGACGCCGUUUCCCUCUCUCCUGCCUCUGCUCUUUCCCGUGGCUCCACUACUUCCACUCCGUCCUCUUCUGGCCUCCGCUUGUCCAAAUCCGGAACCAAAUCCUCUAAGCUGCAGAGUACCUGUGCAAUAUGCCUGACUGCCAUGAAACCAGGACAUGGCCAUGCUAUUUUUACUGCAGAAUGCUCGCAUUCCUUCCACUUCCAUUGCAUCACCUCUAAUGUAAAACAUGGGAACCAGAGUUGCCCCGUUUGCCGAGCAAAGUGGAAAGAAGUCCCCUUCCAAAACCCUGCUUAUGAUAUUUCCCAUGGAAGACAAAGAAUCAAUGCAGUUGGUUGGCCCCAGGAUGAUGCUUGGAUGACUGUUCUAAGACGGCUACCUCCUGCUCGGCUAGAUGCAAACCGGCAUAUCUCAUCACUUUAUCAUGCCCAAGAACCACCUAUCUUUAAUGAUGAUGAAACCUUAGACCAGCAACAUGAGAUUGCUGAGAGAAACGUUUCUAUUAAAGAUGAUGUUGGUGAUCCUGAUUCUGUGGGAACGAUAGAGGUUAAAACAUAUCCAGAAGUUUUAGCUGUUUCUAGAUCAGCCUGUCAUGAUAAUUUCACUGUACUAAUACAUCUUAAGGCUCCUGUUACAAGUCGAAGGCAUAUUAAUAGCAGUGAUCAUACUGAAUUGCUACAAGUGUCUGAAAAUUCUCGUACUCCAGUUGACCUAGUUACAGUGCUUGAUGUUAGUGGCAGCAUGGCAGGAACAAAGCUUGCUUUGCUAAAACGAGCCAUGGGGUUUGUGAUACAGAAUCUUGGCCCCUCUGAUCGACUUUCUGUCAUUGCCUUCUCAUCAACAGCCCGUCGCCUUUUUCCUCUUCGUCGCAUGACUGAGGCUGGAAGGCAGGAAGCACUACAGGCUGUUAAUUCUCUGAUCUCUAAUGGUGGGACAAAUAUUGCAGAAGGCCUAAGGAAAGGUGCCAAGGUGAUUGUAGAUCGGAAGUGGAAGAAUUCAGUUGCCAGUAUCAUUCUAUUAUCUGAUGGUCAGGAUACAUAUACAGUCACCAGUCCUAGUGGGACACAUCGUAGAAAAGAUUACAAGUCACUUCUUCCAAUAUCAAUUCAUCAGAAUGGUGGCACAGGUUUCCACAUUCCUGUGCAUUCAUUUGGGUUUGGUGCUGAUCAUGAUGCUACCUCAAUGCAUUCGAUUUCUGAGAUAUCUGGGGGCACAUUUUCAUUCAUAGAAGCUGAGGGUGUUAUUCAGGAUGCUUUUGCACAGUGCAUUGGAGGGCUUUUGAGUGUGGUAGUGCAGGAGCUACAGGUCCAAGUCGAGUGUGUUCACCGGAGUUUGCAUAUUGGUUCUAUAAAAGCAGGUAGUUAUCGAACCAGCAUCAUAGGUAAUGCUAGAAUGGGCACUGUUGAUGUUGGAGACCUGUAUGCAGAAGAAGAAAGGGAUUUUUUGGUGACGAUCAAUAUUCCUGUUGAUAGGUCCAUUGAUCAGAUGUCAUUGCUGAAAGUUGAUUGUGUAUACAGAGAUCCAAUUACCAAAGAUGCGGUGACUUUGGAGGGAGCUAGUCAAGUAAAGAUACAGAGGCCUGAAAUAAUUGGAGCACAAGUGGUGUCAAUGGAAGUGGAUAGGCAGCGAAAUAGGCUUCAUGCGGCAGAGGCAAUGGCUGAAGCUAGAGUUGCUGCUGAAAAUGGUGAUCUAGCUCGUGCAGUCUGUGUCUUGGAGAGAUGUUACAAGUCAUUGUCAGAAACUGCAUCUACAGAGUCUGGUGACAGAUUGUGUGUUGCGUUGUGUGCUGAGUUAAAGGAAAUGCAGGAAAGGAUGGCAAACCGUCAGAUAUAUGAGGCAUCUGGAAGGGCUUAUGUCCUAUCAGGUUUGAGUUCACACUCAUGGCAAAGAGCAACUGCACGAGGUGAUUCCACUGAUAGUACAAGCCUUUUGCAAGCUUACCAAACCCCAUCUAUGGUUGAUAUGGUAACUCGGUCUCAGACUAUGUUGUUAGGGAAUCCAUCAUCUCAUCGAAAACUCCAGCAAGCCCUGUCAUUCCCAGCUGCUAGACCACAACCAAGGUAACUGGCAGUAGUACCUCUGAACGUUCUCCUCACCCUACAUUCAUCUAUUUUAUAUCCAAGGACCUUUUUGUCUACUUAAAUUUUGUUUUUCUUUUAUUUUUUUUUUAAUUUUCCUCUUUUGUUGUUUGGGAAUUGUGCUAGAUUAAAAAAGGGGGAUUUGGUUUUCAAAAUUGUGGGGGUAUAUUUUCCUUUUUUCGCUUAUGUAAAUGAAUAAGAAGUUGGGGGAAUAGCUGACAUGAGUUGUUUAAGAGAAAAAUGGUCAAAGGAAAAGCAGGGGGUUUAGGGUUUCACAUAGUCCAGUUAUGUGUUCAUGUACACAAGGAAAAUUGCUCCUCUUUUUUUUUUUUUUUUCCCUAAGAGGAAGUGGGGUAUAGCCAUGUAACUGUUGGGAUACUUGGGGUGAAUUUUUCUCUUCAAUAUAUAAUAUGAAAUAUCUGCUCUUGAUUCUUUUCAA